CGGUUUGAUUUGAAGAUAGAUUUUUAAAAAAUAAAACGUUGUAUCAACAAAAUUAAUCAAUUUAAUUCGGUUCAUUUCAGUUCGAGCAUGUGCGUUUAUGAGUAGACUAACGUCUUUGCUAUCCACAAAAGCAGAAACCCCUUUAAAUAUGUAGUAUAUAAAGAAGUAAAUAUGUUCAUUUUUCAUCGACGUGGGAUACUUAGAUCUCUUGUAUACUAGUGAUUUUUUGUGUCUCUUAUUGUGGUAAAAUCAAAUUAUUCCGGUAUUUAUAUUGAUAAAAUUAAAAUAAUAUAAUAAAUAUAUAAUACAUUGGAUCAAAUCCAAUCUACUUAUUCGAUAAGUUUGAUAUGUCUAAAUAGGAAUAACGAAAGAACUAAAGUGUUUAGUAAUCAACUGAUAGCUGAUAGGUGAUAUCUAAUUGAAAUGAUAGAUUCAACCAACCAAUUUUAUCAAUUUAUUUGAUCAGCUAAUAUUGAACAAAUUCAUAAAAAUAAUUUAUUAUAAAUUAGUCGACUCCAUGACAACAAACCGUUUGAGCUAGCUAAUUUAGCAAACAUUAACAUUAGAUAAUUCAGUAACGCCCAGUAUUUAUAUGUUGCCAAGUAAGGUAAGAUUGUUGGCCAAAAAUAUUUGAACUAACACAAGACGAUUUCUUGAUCUUAAUCCCUUCACUAAUCCUUUAAUUUCUUCAUUUUUCUUUCCUCCCCUCCAACGUAGGAGAUAGCAUUGCCCAUUGGUAUGGUCAUUUAUCUCUGAUUCUCUCUUUGAUUCCUCAAAACUUAUCUUCUAAUCUUUCUGGGUUGUUUUGUUGAUGCAAGAAAAUGGUGGGUUCAACGCUAAACUCGGUAGUUUCAGCAAGAAUCAGAAGGCCUGAAAUGGUGUCAAAUUGGUGGGACGAUAUUAACGAGUCAACUCAGUGGCAACAUGGCAUCUUUAUCACCCUUUAUGCUACUUAUGCCCUUCUCUCAACUGUUGCCCUUAUUCAAUUUAUUAAGAUUCAUUAUAGAGUACCUCAAUCUGGUUGGACAACACAGAAGGUUUUCCAUUUUAUGAAUUUUUUUAUUUGUGGAGUGCGAGCAGCUAUUUUUCGAUUUCACUUGUACGUAUUUGCUUUAAAGCCUAAGGUCUUAAUGUUGAUACUGUUGGAAUUCCCCGGGCUGUUGUUCUUUACAACAUACUCACUGUUGGUUCAUUUCUGGGCUGAUAUAUAUUAUCGGGCUAGAAGUCUUUCAACGGCUACGCUUCGGUCUUGGUAUAUUUCAGUAAAUUGCAUUAUUUACGUCAUACAGGUUCUUAUCUGGGUGUACUUAUGGAUGCACGAAAGCGGUGUUGUUGAAUACAUUGCACAAAUGUUUUUCGCAGUGGUAUCUCUUAUUGCCGCACUUGGUUUCUUGCUGUACGGAGGAAGGUUGUUUUACAUGUUACUACACUUCCCAAUUGAAUCAAGGGAGCGAAAAAAGAAACUUCACGAGGUAGGAUCGGUUGGGACAAUUUGUUUCACUUGCUUUCUCAUUCGCUGCUUCAUGGUCGUUUUAUCGGCCUUGGACGAUAAUGCAUCCCUUGAAGUCUUGGUUCACCCCGUCUUAAACUUUAUAUACUAUAUGUAUGUUAAGAUACUGCCUUCAGUACUUGUCCUCUUCAUUCUACGAAAGCUUCCUUCAAGAAGAGGAUCUAGGCAAUAUAGUACGGGUGAAUACCACCUGAUCCAGUGAGCUUUGUUUAAUAGGAAUCGUAGAUAUGAGCCAUCACCAUCACCAUCACCAUCACCAUCACCAUCACCAAUUUAUAUGAUGUGUCGGCGUACUCUUAACCGCCAGCUGAAUGCUGAGUUUUUGCUCUUAGUCGUCCCUCCCGAGUGAAUGCGUUUGUUUUGCAAUUGUGUAUAGUUUAACAUUGGAUAGAACUAGUUGAGUCUUUACUAGGGGCUUGAUGCUAUAUUCAAUUUCAAUGCUAGACUAGAUGUUAGGAGAUCACCAAAUUGUAUAAACAUCCAUUAUACACUAGUUUUGAACAUUUCCCUAUAGAAGACGACUUCUGGUUGUACAUAAAUGGAGUUUGAUCAAUAAUCAAAAGAGAUUGUGAUCGGUGGAUACGCGUACUUAUCAACAUCAAUAUUAUCACGGGAAUUAGUCUAUGCAAAACAUUAAUAUCAUUAUCUCAAAAAAAAAAAAAAAAAAAAAAAAAAAAAAAA